AGCAGGUCGACACAAUCAGCAAAAUCACCCACGACAAUUCACUGGUUGGAAACCUCUCACCCCUGAUAUCUUAUGUGUCUGAACAAUUCGCGUGACAGUCGGUUUCAGUGAGUGACCAGUCAUUCCUCCCCGGGAGUGAGAAUUUUUUCUGGAUAACGACCUUUCAGAGAUGUUUCGUAGUGCCUCGAAUUUCGACAAACUGCUUGAUAAAGCAACCAGCAAUCUGCACUUGGAUCCAGACUGGCCGACGAUAUUACAAAUUUGUGAUGCGAUCAGAGCAGGUGACAUACAGCCGAAAGCAGCUCUAGUCCAAAUAAAAAAGAAAAUAACAAAUGCGAAUCCCCACGUCGCCUACUACGGCCUCCUGGUUCUGGAGUCGUGUGUGAAAAACUGCGGUGCCCUGAUUCACGAUGAAAUUGGCACGAAGCAGUACAUGGAGCAGCUGAAGGAGUUGGUGAAGACGACAACUCACGAGAACGUUAAACAGAAAACCCUGGAGCUCAUUCAGGCCUGGGCCUUUGCAUUCAGAAACAAUCCCAAGUACACUGCUGUCAAAGACACCAUGAGCAUCAUGAAGGCUGAGGGAUAUGGCUUUCCCCAGCUGAAUGAGAGUGACGCCAUGUUCAGUGCUGAUACAGCACCUGAAUGGGCCGAUAGCGACGUCUGCCACAGGUGCAGAGUUGUCUUUGGAAUGGUCCAGAGGAAGCACCACUGUAGGGCUUGUGGACAGGUUUUCUGUGCCCAGUGCUCGACCAAAACUUCGACUCUGCCCAAAUUUGGAAUUGAAAAAGAAGUGAGAGUUUGCGAUGCCUGUUACGAGAACGUUAAUAGGCCCAGCUCAGCUAAUUCAAAGGAGACUGACUUGCCUGUCGAAUACCUGAGCAGCUCUCUCGCACAGCAACAACAGGUGCCAGUGCGGAAAUCAGCGCAAGAGCUUCAGGAAGAGGAGGAAUUCCAGUUGGCAUUGGCAUUGAGCCAGAGUGAGGCUGAGGAGAAAGAGAAGGAGAAGAAGAGAGUGACUAAUUUGUAUAAAAGUAAUCCUGCACCUGUGGCCAGGGCUUACUCUCCACCUCCAUCACCGGGUCCAAGUCCUUCAAAACUCCAAGAUGACGAAGCGAUUGAUUCAGAGCUCGUGAAAUACAUGAACCGAAAAUACUGGGAGAACCGUUCCUCAAAAAUGGAAGAUCACCCAGUAAUCCGUACAGACGUGACAUCCCCAUCAGCCCCAAACAUUGGUAGUCCAAUGCCCCAGCGUCUGGUGGUUGCUAAACAACAAAAUGGUGAAGUUGACACGCAAAUGGACGAGUUCGUGACGCACCUGCGCUCGCAGGUGGAGAUAUUUGUGAAUCGAAUGAAGAGUAAUUCCUCCCGAGGUCGAUCGAUCUCCAACGACAGUUUCUUUCAAGAUCUCUUCAUGAAGAUAACAACGAUGCACUCGAAGCUGCUGAAGUACAUUCAGGAGCACGACGAUACCCGAGUGAACUACGAGGGCCUGCAGGACAAACUAGCCCAGGUGAAGGACGCCCGAGCAGCUUUGGAUGCCCUCCGUGAGGAGCACAAAGACAGGCUCCGCAGGGAGGCCGAGGAAAUCGAGAGAAUGAGGCAGCUCCAGAUGGCUCAGAAGCUGGACAUAAUGAGGAAGAAGAAGCAAGAGUAUCUCCAGUACCAGCGUGAAUUAGCUCUCCAGAAGAUUCAAGAACGAGAGAGGGAGUUGCAGAUGCGCCAGGAGCAGCAAAAACAGCAGUACAUAAUGGGAAAUUAUCAGCCAGUGUCCAACUACAUGGGUCCAGCCCAGGGCUCGCCAAUUCGUCACAUGCAUUAUCCACCUAGUGGCGCUUAUCCAAUGUCUCCAACGAAUCAGGGAGUGUAUACGUAUGGUCCACCACCGAUGGGCAAUUAUCCCAUGCAAAGCAUACCAGGUUUACCCUAUGGAAUGCCCACGAUGCCUCCCAAUCACCUGCCCCCACACAUGAUGCCAAACAUGCCUGCAAGCCAGUCAGAUCAGCCUCCAGGAUUGCCACAGCAGCCUGGAGCUGCCGAGGGCAUGCUUCCACCUAGAGAAAACAUGGGACCACCUGGGAUGAUGCCCCAGAUGGCGAACGUUCCCCCAAUGACUCAUAUUCCAGGACAUCAGAUGGGAUUGCCUCAGUCCCAGGCAAUUCCGGGGGUUCAUGUAAAUCAUGGGGCUGGCCAGGCUCAACAGAUGGGGCAAAUCCCUCCGUUGAUGGGCAAUCAAGGACCCAUGAGGCCCCCUGAACAGAUGGGAAUGAACCAAGGGGUCACAAAUAUGCCUCAACAUCCCCCUGGGUCACAGGUACCACCUGGACCCCAAGGAAUUCCACAGCAAAUGCCCAUUCCUAGUCAGACGACUCAAAUACCCUAUCAACAACCUGUCGGACAGAUCGAGACUUCCACGACGACUGAAACUGCAUCCAAAACUGAAGACAACUCUGCUGAGCCACUGAUUUCAUUCGAUUAAUAUCAUUUAUCGAUUUUACCUGUUUUCAUUACAUGAAUGUAGUUGUUUAUAUUACCAUGUGCUCUCGGCGAUUCGUAAUUUCUGAUUAUCGUUUUUUUCAUUUAUAUUGUAAGGAUUUGAGUAAAAAAUAUUGUAAGGAUAUAACGAAAUUGAGAAUAAACCUAUAUCAAUCAGUUGAA